GCGCCCACACGAUAUAACAGGCCUACCUCCAAUAAACAGAUCAGUGUGCUAACCUCUGUCGUUUCACUCGUACCUUGCGCUCCUACUUAACAGUGGCGACGAACUACCCGCGAGUCGUGAAUAAAAAUGUCGCAACUUGGAAUUUUAAAUAGUUUCGACCAUAAUUCACAAUGCUGGCAAACCUUCAAAGGGAGAAUUAACCAAUGGUUUAUUGCAAACGACGUGGAGAAGAACGACACCAAGAAGAGGGCAAUUCUAUUGAGCACACUCAGCGACGGUACCUACAAGCUGGCGGCGGACCUGGCUCUGCCGAAGGAGAUCCAGAACGUGCCGUACGAAGAUAUCAUCAAAUUAUUGGAUGAUCACUUCAUCCCCAAGAAAACUGGAUUCGGCGAGAGGUACAACUUCUACUCCGCGGUUCAGAACUUGGGAGAAACCUACCCACAAUGGGCGGCGAGGCUACGUGGACUCACGGCGAACUGCAGCUUCAGCAACGUGGAGGAGGCGCUACGCGACCGCUUCCUGAUGGGGAUGCUGCCGGGCCCCGAGCGGGACAAGGUGUUCACGCAGGGCCUCGCGGACUUGACGCUGGCAAAGGCGGUGGAACUGGCGGACACCGUGAGGAGUGCCCGCGCGGUGGCAGCAGCCGCGCCGGGGCCGCAGCCCCGGCAGCAGGAUAACCAGCUGUUCAAAAUCGCAAGUAGUUCCAAAAGUGCUAGUGUUCAAAAAGUGCAAUGUAAAGUGUGUGGGUUAAAAAACCACGAAACGGAGCAAUGCCGUUAUUCUAAAUUUAGGUGUAAAAAGUGCAAUGUAAAAGGGCAUUUACGUCGUAUGUGCACCAAAAUUAAUUACAUAGAAAAUGAAGGGACGCUCGACGGUAACGAUGAUGAUGGUAAGUUAUUUAAUAUACGUUCAGUAAAUGGAAAACCCAUGACGGAACAGGUGUCAGUUCAGGGCGUGAUGCUGGAGUUUCAAAUAGAUAGCGGAUCAGCUGUUACGGCUAUUUCAGAACUCACCUAUAAACAAUAUUUUUCCAAUGUACCGCUAACCCUAACGGCAAAGCGGCUAUUGUCAUAUACAGGUGAUAGUAUAAGUUGUAUAGGCAUUACACGAUUACAAUUUGUUUAUAGGGAGUCAACGCACACUUUAAAUGUGUACGUUAUUCGUAACGGCGGGCCGCCGCUGCUAGGCCGCGACUUCAUAUCGCUGUUCAAACUAGAAUUGAUACCGGUUAAUUAUUGUGAACAAAACGACCCAAUCAUUAACGAGUUACAGGACAAGUAUGCGUCAGUGUUUUCUGACGACUUAGGGAAAUUUAACAAAUACAAAGUAUCAAUACAGUUAAAAGAAAACACUAAACCUAUUUUUUUCAAAGCCCGCCCUAUCGCGUUUGCUUUAAAAGAUAAAAUUAACGACGAAAUAGACAGGUUGUUAAGAGUAGGUAUACUGAAACAAGUGGACUAUUCCGAAUACGCGUCCCCCGUUGUGCCGGUUUUAAAAAGUAAAGGUCAAAUAAGACUCUGUGCUGAUUAUUCAGUUUCGAUAAACAAACAUCUAAAAAUAGAUCAAUACCCGUUACCGACAGCACAGGACCUUUUUACUAAGUUGCAUGGCGGUAUUCAAUUUAGUAAAAUAGAUUUGAAACAAGCAUACGCACAGGUGGAACUGGACUCGGAGUCCCAGCAGUACACCUGCAUCAACACGCACCGCGGCCUGUUCGCCUACACGCGGCUGGUGUACGGGCUGGCCAGCGCGCCCGCCGUGUUCCAGCGGGUGAUGGACUGCCUGCUGGCCGGCCUGGACGGCGUGCUGUGUCUGCUGGACGACGUGCUGGUCACCGGCAGCACGAAGGAGCAGCACCUCCAACGGCUAAAUACAGUACUUUCAAGGUUACAAGACGUAGGUUUAACUUUGCAAAAGGAAAAAUGCGAAUUCUUUAAGGACGAAGUGGAGUAUCUCGGUUACAUCAUUGAUAAAAACGGGUUAAGAAAAUCACCAAAAAAAGUUGAGGCAAUAUUAAGUGCUCCCGUGCCCACGAAUGUGACAAAAUUGCAAUCAUUCCUGGGGUUAAUCAACUAUUAUCGCAAUUUUGUACCCGGGGCGUCGUCUCUGCUUAGUCCAUUGUAUAAUUUAUUGCAUAAAGAUAGCAAAUGGUGUUGGACUACCGAGCAUGACAAUGCGUUUAAUAAAAUUAAACAGCUACUGGCAUCGGAUAAGGUUCUAGCACACUUUAAUCCACAGGCAACGUUAAUUUUGACGGUAGACGCAUCCAGCAACGGGCUAGGUGCGAUAUUGUCCCAGAUAGAUGACAGUGGGGAGGAACGGCCCAUAUCGUUCGCCUCCCGCACCUUAAAUAAGGCGGAACAACGCUACGCACAAAUACAAAAAGAGGCGACGGCAAUAAUUUUUGGGGUGCGUAGAUUCCACCAAUAUUUAUAUGGUAGGUCAGUACCGUUUGUCCUUCGUACCGACCACAAACCGCUCAUAUCUAUUUUUGGUCCUUACAAAGGAAUCCCAGAAAUAUCGGCAAAUCGUCUACAAAGGUAUGCGUUAUUUUUAUCCGCAUACAAUUAUUCAAUAGAAUACAUUAAAAGUGCUGAUAACAGUGCGGACUACCUAUCUCGAGCGAGUUUACCCGAGACAGAGACGGAGUCACACGAGGGAGCGAGACAAACUGCAUGCGCAGGCGCCGCCGCCGCGGCUCGCAGUGUCGUCAUCAACGAUGACGCCGCUUAUGUGAACUUUGUUAUUGACUCGAGUUUACCCGUGACGCGCUCAAUAUUACAAAAGGAAACCGGUCAAGAUAACGUCCUAACGCGAGUGAUUCAUUACAUUCUUAAUGGUUGGCCGCCUAAAAUAACUGAACCUGAGUUAAAGCAAUAUUUUUAUUGUAGAACGGAGUUGUCAUAUGAAAGCGGGUGUAUCAUGCGCGGCCACAAAGUGGUUAUACCUAACAGUUUACAGGACUCGGUUUUAGCAGAACUACAUAAAUCACAUUUAGGAAUAGUAAAAUGUAAGGCUGAAGCGCGAAGUAGAUUUUGGUUUCCUGGGAUAGAUAAGGCCAUUGAUAAAAUGAUAGCCAGCUGUGACGUAUGUUUACAGCUAAGAGCGACCCCGGCCCGCGCGCCGCUCGCCGUGUGGACCUACCCGCCGCACCCAUUCUACAGGAUUCACAUAGAUUUCCUAGGCCCUAUAAAUAAUGAAACAUAUUUAGUUAUCGUAGAUGCGUAUUCUAAGUGGGUUGAAGCUAUCCGAAUGUCGACCGUGUCCACCGCCGCGGUAAUAUUAAAAUUGCAACAAUUUAUGUCGACUUUUGGUGUAUGCCACACAUUGGUUAGCGAUAAUGCUAUGACAUUCGUGUCGCAGGAAUUCGAAGCGUUUUGUGCAGCUAACGGCAUCAGCCAUCUGACGUCACCAACAUACCAUCCGGCAAGUAAUGGACAAGCCGAGAGUUUCGUGAAAAUUAUUAAAAAGGGAAUUAAAUCUAGCAUUUUAAGUAAUGAUUCAAAACCUAUUAACUUAAAAAUAAUGAAGUAUUUGUUUGACUACAGAAACUCCAUACAUACAACCACGGGACUGUCACCCGCGGAGUUAGUUUUUGGUAGAAAGCUCCGCUCACGCCUUGACCUGAUCGCGCCCCCCGCGCCCCCCGCGACCCCCGCGACGUCAUCGUCACCGCCGAGCGCCCUCUCUGAUCAUGUUCGGAAACAACAGUGUUUGCAGAGUGAAUCGUAUAACGGUCAUAACGAACAAACUUAUGGUGAAGGGCAAAUAGUGUUAUAUAAAAAACCUAUCGCAAAUAAGCAACAUAGGUGGAUUAAAGCCGUAGUUAUUAAAAGAAUUGGAAACGUCAUUUAUCUUAUUAAAGACCUUGUUACUUCAGUUACAUUAAAAAAGCAUAAAAACCAAUUGUUAAUGUAUAAUGGUACUGAUAACAGCUGUGACUCGCAAACUGGAAUGCCUACAAUAGAUAUUGAGGAUAUUGUAACUCCUCAGUCGGCAACAUUGGAGCCGGCCAGGGAGCCCCCGCCGCCGGCAACUGAGUGUACUUCUCCAUCUGUCACUGGCGAGACGCAGAGCGCGUCGGGAACUCCGCCGGAGACCCAUUCUGUAGUAGCUGAUAGUAAUCUCAGAUCUGAUGAUGAUGAGGAGUUUCAGGAAGCUAUCGACUCUGAGUCAGAACCCGACACAGCUGUUGAAGGUCGUAGAGUAGGUGGUAGGGUGUUGCGCGCCAUACCUAAAGUAAAUUAUAAACCUUAUAUGUAAUUUUUAUUUUGUUUUUGUUGUUUUACUACCUAGUUUUAAAUUGUAAAUUUAAGGGGAGGAUAUGUUGUAUAUGUGCGUACCUACAUCUAUGUAUACGAGUAGUGGCUGCGCCCACACGAUAUAACAGGCCUACCUCCAAUAAACAGAUCAGUGUGCUAACCUCUGUCGUUUCACUCGUAC